AUGCUUGCUUCGCAGGAAUUUACAAAGCUCGAAGAUCACACGGAUGCGUAUAGUUGUGUUCUUUUUCUUUUUUCCAAUUUUUACGCAUUUUUUUUUUUUUCUAACGAUCGCUUCCGUUCGCAGGCGAAUAACGAAGAAGAAAGCGGUGAAACUGGCUCCGUUCAAGUUCCCAUUCUCGAGGACGUCGAAGCCGCGCAUCAACGACGAGAAGGACCGUGAAAGGGACAAGGACAAAGAGCCAGGGAAUAAAACGGAGAGGGAUAAAGAGGGCAACGCGGAACAGCAGGACGGGAGGAAGGAGAACGCGCGAGAUCGCGAGGACGAGGAGGAGAACGCGAAAGGGCAGAACAUUCAACUACCAAUGAGUCAACUGCAAUUGACCACCGAAACUGAAUCCAAUUUAAAAUCGCCGAUAUUCGAUUCCAACAGCCCGAUGGUGAGGAACGAACAAGCCAUACCGAGCUCCCCUCCUCCCUCCUACGAACACGUUAUCGAACAGACGCGGCUGGAACACGCGGCCGAAGUGCAGAAGUACGACGGUGGAAAGAACGACGCGCCCGGCGAUGAUAAUAGAACAAAAGCGCCCAAGAUACUUCACAAGUCGAGCAAAGAGUUGUACAGAGCGGUUGCGAAACAGUGUGGCAUCACUUGCAAGAUGAGCGACCACUGCAGAUGCUUGGACUGUCAGAGCUGUUACUUCGACUGCGAGUACGACAAGAACGAGAACCAGAAGACUGAUGGCGGACUCGGCGCCGGCACGCCGAUGUUCAUUUCCGAGGUGAUGCAAGGUUCCGCUUGCGUGCUGUUCUAA